UACCCGGAUGUUACGCGGAAGUCGCAUGUGUACAAUAACAACAGUAGCAGCGGUGGAGGAAUAUUUCUUUUUAUACUUAACUAGCAGAUAAUUCACUACUUUUUGGGAUUUCUGUGUGAAAAUGUCGAUAGAUGUUGUUGUUAGAUGUCAACACUGUCUGCCGAGGGAGACGAUACCCGGAGAAAAACUCCUGGAGAAGCUCUUGCCCUCUGGCUACAGCCAUCUCCUGUGUGUGAACGAGCCCAGCCAGAAGGACGACGACUUCCGGGCUCAUUUAAAAGUGAGGCUCUCCACGGAGGAGCAGGUUGAGAAAUGGCUGCAGGACCUUCAGCUCUCCUCCAGUUUAACAUGGAGGAAGGCCAAAACAUAUCCGCAGUCAGGGCGCUACAAUGCUUAUAGAGUAAGUGCAACAGGUUUACAUUACAGAGUUCUGCAGGGACGUGUGAUGUAGGCCGACCCUGAAGGCAGCAUUGCGCUGGUUCCCUCUGCAGAGAGUCAGUGGGAUUUCUGCAGAAAAUAAAUAACUUACACGUUUAGUUCGGGAAGAUCAUCUUCACUAAUGAAGCGUAAAUGCAGAAGUAAACAUUAGACUAAACUAACGCUUCACAUCAACGUCACCAAGCUCCCAACUUCUCAUUUAGUUCUUUUCUUCUACAAAAGCCUUUCCUCUUCGCCUGACAUCUACAGUUCAUCUACAAGUUAGAAUAGUUUGCAAGAGUUCGAGAAUAAACAAAGUUUGGACUUCUGUUCGUCGUGAUGACGUUUAAAGAUGAAACGUGUAAGAUCUGCCAGAAUUAAACUUAAACAUUAAAACAAUUCUCUAACAUUAUGAACAGAGUGUGAAGAGGUCAAGGUCAGUGUUGGGCUAAAGAGACGUCUCCUGGAGUUAGCAUGUUAACAGCUAACUGCUGCGUCCAGGCUGUAGUACCACAUGUUCCUCUAGAGGUGACAGUGAGUCAGUGCAGUCUGCUCAGAGAGAAGAAGAAGAACAGCUUCAUGGUCUGUGCAUGUUUUCUAGUUUGUUUAUUGGAUUUAGUCCAAUAUACAAACUCUAACAACAUCCGUGCAGCUCACAGCGUUGGUGUAAAAAAUGUCAAACCGGUUUGAUAUGAAGCCAAACACGACUGGUGAACCAAAUUCUACCACAAAGUGUUGCAGCGACUCGUUUCCUGCAGUGUUGACAUGUUGUCUCGUGUGAUGAUCCAAGAUGGCGGCGCACAGACGCAGCAACAUGCGGCUGUAGUUUUAUUCAUCUUAGAGACUAACUGACACGUGAACUAUUUUAGUAAAGGAACAUCGUCCCACCUCGACUGAAGAUGAUCUGUUUAUAAACAAACACUAUUAUUUUAAUCAAGUUGUCGUUUUCCUUCUUAUCGAUACAAAACAGGUUGUUUCUUUUAAGUUACCAGAACGUGUCACAUUUACUGACGGGGUGGAAUGACCCAACACAAAGACAUCUAGAGAACAUUGUACUAUAUGGAUUGCAUAAAUAGACGGUCCCUUGUAUUAGCGCAUGCGCGACCGGAACCAGAUUUAAUAGUAAACACGUCUGUGUUUCAACCUGUAUAAUACUUGUUUAGUUAUUGUCAUUUCACGCUGAUGUUAUUUAUAAUAAAAGCGAUCGAACAAAUGGAACUCUGUUCUUAUUUAUAACCAAACAACUAAACAACAUGACGCAGUCAAGCGGAGAUCGUCAGGGCUGAGGAGGAUCAUACGACUAGGUGCAGACGGACCGCGAGAAUGCCGACAGGUACCGUACCUGAUCGAUGCACCCAGAAUAUUGUACAGGCGUGUAGGCCACUGGAAACAAAACAUUUGCUACAUUUGCUAGUGUUAAUAACUGUCCUAAUGGCGCCUGUGGAUGCGGAGUGCCCGAUCGAGGGUUGUGACUACGUGGCUACGCAUGCAGCGGCAGCAGUGGUGGCAGCCAUGCUGGGUGUACACGCCACUGUACACGCCGCAGUCCCCAGGGCGCCAGGCACGAAUGCCAAGAUGGAGCAACUCAAGCUUCCCUCCAUAGUACUGGCCGGAACAGGCGAGGCCUGGUCGUACUUCAUAACCCGUUGGGGUGAGUACAAGACAGGUACUAGACUUGUCGGAACCGACAUAGUUGCACAGCUGUUGGAGUGCUGCGAGGAGGAGCUGAGAAAAGAUCUCACUCGUGCAGCGGGCAACAGCCUAGCGGGCAGUAACGAAAAAGAUGUCCUCGCCGCCAUGAAGGCGCUCGCUGUCCGAGCUGAGAACACCAUGGUAGCUCGUGUGGCUCUAUCCAACAUGCGGCAAGGGCACGAGGAGCCCAUCCGGACGUUCCACGCCCGCAUCAAGGGGCAGGCGGACACAUGCAAGUAUGAGAUGAAGUGCACCAAGGCAGAGUGCGAUCAAGUCAACGACUUCAGAGAGGAGAUAUUACGCAAUGUGAUUGCCCGCGGCAUCGCUGACCAAGAAAUACAACUUGACCUGCUCGGUGAAAAGAACCAGGACAUGCCAUUAAAGGACAUGAUAGAGUAUAUCGGGGCCAAGGAGUCUAGAAAGCGGUCGUCAUCGCGCCUACUCGACCCUCAGGGCGCGGAUGCAAUCAGCAGUUCAUAUCGGCGGGGGGAAACAGCAGGACAUCCGCAACAGGAGAAGAGUCAGGCCGGAGAACCCGAAGGCUAAGCCCGAAUGGGUAUGCAUCUACUGCGGCAAGACACCUCAGUAAGGCGUGCUGGGGUGGCCGACCGACUAGGUCCCUGUCUGGGGAAACCGAUGGGGUGUACAAUGAGCAAACGGCAGCCUUCGUUGAGUUAUGCACGGUCACCAUGGCCAGCGCAGAUGACGGGUUGCGCACACUCCUCCUCGCUCACCACCUGUACGAUGAUAUGUGCGAUAAGUGGAUGAAACGGAAGUCCAGCCCGCAGCCGUAUGUCAACCUCACGCUCACCAACGAGCGCAAAGAUUAUAAAGCGCUGGGUUUUGAUCUUCAGA